AUGACUGAGGCCAUCCACAGCCAGUACGACUCGAUCCUCAUCCUCGACUUUGGGUCGCAGUACUCGCACCUCAUUACCCGACGAUGCCGUGAGCUCAACGUCUACUGCGAGAUGCUGCCUUGCACGCAGAAGAUCAAGGACCUCGACUGGAAGCCCAAGGGCAUCAUCCUGUCCGGCUCGCCGUUCUCGGUCUACGACGACGGCGCGCCCCGCGUCGACCCGGACGUCUUCACCGCGGGCGUGCCCGUCUUUGGUAUCUGCUACGGCCUCCAGGAGAUUGCCUGGAACCACGGCGGCAAGGUCGACCCGCACGACAAGCGCGAGUACGGCCACGCCAUGGUCGACAUUGUCAAGACGGGCAACGCCCACCUCGACGCCCUCUUCCAGGGCCAGGAGGGCAAGGUCGAGGUUUGGAUGUCGCACGGCGACCAGCUGUCCAAGGCUCCCGAGGACUUUGAGAUCAUCGGCCGCACCCCCACGGCGCCCUUCGCCGCCAUGGCCCACAAGACCAAGCCCAUCUUCGGCGUCCAGUUCCACCCCGAGGUGACCCACAGCGCUCGCGGCACCGAGCUGUUUGACAACUUCAUCACCAUCUGCGGCUGCAAGCGCGACUGGACGAUGGAGACGUUCAUCGACAAGGAGAUCAAGCGCAUCCGCGAGAUUGUCGGCCCCAAGGGCCAGGUGCUCGGCGCCAUCUCGGGCGGAGUCGACAGCAGCGUCGCCGCCCGCCUGAUGCACGAGGCUAUCGGCGACCGCUUCCACGCCGUCAUGGUCGACAAUGGCGUGCUGCGCGCCAACGAGGCGGCCCAGGUGUACGACAUGCUGUCCAAGGACCUCGGCGUCAACCUGACGGUCGUCGACGCCUCCGAGCUCUUCCUGGGCAAGCUCAAGGACGUCGAGGACCCCGAGAAGAAGCGCAAGAUCAUCGGCAACACGUUCAUCGAGGUGUUUGAGGCCGAGGUGGCCAAGCUCGAGAAGCAGGCCGAGGACGAGGAGGCCGAGGCGCUCGCCAAGGGCAAGCCGCAGGAGGCCAAGGGCAAGUUUGAGUACCUGCUCCAGGGCACCCUGUACCCGGACGUCAUCGAGAGCAUCAGCUUCAAGGGCCCCUCGGCCACGAUCAAGACGCACCACAACGUCGGCGGCCUGCUCGAGGACAUGAAGCUCAAGCUCAUUGAGCCGCUGCGCGAGCUGUUCAAGGACGAGGUGCGCGCCCUCGGCCGCCUCCUCGGCAUCCCGGCCCACCUGGUCGGCAGGCACCCCUUCCCCGGCCCGGGCCUGGCCAUCCGCAUCCUCGGGCCCGUGACGCGCGAGCAGGUCAAGAUCCUCCAGCACGCCGACAGCAUCUACAUCGAGGAGAUCCGCGCCGCCGGCCUCUACGACCAGAUCAGCCAGGCCUUUGCCGUCCUGCUCCCCGUCCGCGCCGUCGGCGUCCAGGGCGACAAGCGCACCUACGACCAGGUCAUUGCGCUGCGCGCCGCCGCCACCACCGACUUUAUGACGGCAACCUGGUUCCCCUUCCCGCCCGAGUUCCUCUCCAAGGUGUCGAACCGCAUCACCAACGAGGUGCAGGGCGUCAACCGCGUCGUCCUCGACAUCUCGUCCAAGCCCCCGGCCACCAUCGAGUGGCUCUAG